AUGUGGACUGAGAAUCAGGAGCAGGACCAUGCCUCAACCUCCCCCUGCUCCUCUCCAGCUCAGCUCAACCUCUCCUUCAAUUCCCCAGAAUCAUCUGGGUUGACCACACAAAUGCACUGGAGCACAGGACUAUUUUUGCUCUGUAUCCCUCUUGUGGUGUGGAGUUACGAAGCACCAGAGGACAGAGAGGACAUCUUUGCCCAAACUGCAUGUCCGGCUUUUCUCACAUUCAUGAACGCCGCCUACGUCUCAGGAGCCACCGUGGAGCUGCCCUGCCUCUGCAAACCUCCAGAGGUGCAGUCGGUGGUGUGGUUCUACAAAAAGCCCUCGUUCAGCUCGGAGCAGACUCAGGUCCUCUCUGAUGACCACGGGCUGAAGGUGGUGGAUCCUGGGGCGCUCCCUCACAGCGCAGACCUGAGCGGGCGCGUGUCCAUCCGCCUGUUCAGCCUCCUGGUGUUCAGGAGCAGCCCCGCCCACUCCGGGAUCUACAUCUGCGGCUCCGAGCGCAGGGACUUCUUCUACGCCUACGACCUGGACAUACAAGAGGCACGACGGAUCACCUUUACUGACAGGUGAGAAAAGAUCACAUUAAAGGACCCCUCCAGACGAAGGAGGCGUCAGUCCAGCUCUGCCCAUCUGUAUCAAACCUUCACCAGUUUCCAGCCGUGGUCUGUGUGUGACCGCUGUGGACGACCCGGAGAGCAGGUCCGAGUGGGGCUCUGCUACGUGCACUCCCCCUACCUGCACGUGCGCUACAGACUGGCCAAUCAGACUGUGGCAUCCUGUGGCUCGGGGGCGGUGCUAAGGGUGUUCGGACCAAUCAGCAACGAGGGGGCGGUGCUGGAGGUCAGGGCGUGUGAGGAGGUCUGUCCACCACAACCUCCUCCGCCAUCCAAAGUGACGUCGCUCAUGGCUUUCCUUGGAUACGGUUCUACCGACCGGCCUGUAGGGGUCAAAGUGUAUUACCUGACUCAUCGGGCAGAUACCAUCCUGACCAUUGGGUGCCCUGGAGCCAAACCCCACCUGGCUGUGGCUUGGGACAGAGAGGACUCUCCUAUCCUGAGGCGGGAACACACAGCGGCCCCUGGAGGAGAGACCCCCCGCAUCAGCAUAGACACAGGACACCAUCUGGUCUUCAACCCGGUACAGGCUCACGACUCAGGCGUGUACUACUGCUGGCUCCAGGGGCGACGGACAGCUCAGAUCCGCGUGUUGGUGCACUCUCAUCUGGGACAGGGCCAGUCAGUGCUGUCCCAUCCUCACUUCUACCCCGCGCUCUGGAUGGUGAUCACCUGGUACACGGGGAUGACAGCGGUGAUUGCGCUCCUCCUGCUCAUCAAGGCUGUGGCCCAGACCCUCAUACAGGCCCAGGAGACGCACCAGGACUAG